AUGGCCAUCAAGUUUUGGUCUAGAAACGCCACGGCAGCCGAUGCGGCGGCUGAUGCUUCCGACUCGGAGCCAUCCGUGGUUCACGACGGCGAGCUCGCCUACACGAGAGUCAAGGCCGGCAAUGGCUCGAGUGCGGCGUAUCAGGAGGCCGUCGGUGCUCCGGUCGAGAGCAAGUCGCCGCUGGGAUACCACGUGGGCUGGAUGACCAUCAUUUUCCUCAACGUCAACCAGAUGAUUGGCACGGGCAUAUUUUCUACGCCUGCUACCGUACUCAACAGGACUGGCUCGGUCGGUCUGGCUCUGAUCUACUGGCUCAUCGGAGUCAUCAUGGCCAUCGCAGGCGUCUGCAUCUACCUGGAGCUCGCAUCGUACUUCCCCAACCGCAGCGGCGGCGAGGUGGUGUACCUGGAACAAGCCUACCCGCGCCCAAAGCACUUCUUCCCCAUCGCGUUUGCGGUGCAGUCGGUGAUCCUGUCGUUCAGCUCCUCCAACGCCAUCGUGCUGUCUCGGUACGUGUGGCGCAUCGCCGGCGUGACCCCGACCGAGUGGGAGAUGAGGGGCGUCGCCAUCGCGGCCUACACGCUGGCCGUGGUCUGCGUGGUGGCGCACAACAAGUACUCGCUCUGGGCGACCAACGUGAUCGGGGCGCUCAAGAUCGCGACGCUCGUCUUCAUCAGCAUCACGGGCUUCGUGAUCCUGGGCGGCAACGUCGGCCGCGUCCCUGACCCGCACCGCAACUUCCGCAACGCCUUCGAGGGCACCACGACCGACGGCAACAGCCUGUCGGUGGCGCUGGUCAACAUCGUCUUCUCCUACACGGGCUAUUCCAACGCCUUCAACAUGGUCAACGAGAUCCGGAACCCGAUCCCCAAGCUCAAGAGGCACGCCACCGCCUCGGUCCUCGUCGUGUCGGUGCUGUACAUGCUCUGCAACGUCGCCUACUUUGCCGCCGUAUCCAAGUCCCAGUUCGCCGCCUCCAGGGAGAUCGCCGCCGCCGUCUUCUUCACCGCCGUGUUCGGCAGCGGCCCCGCCGAGACGGCCCUCAACGUCCUGGUCCUGCUCAGCGCCUUUGGCAACCUGCUGGCCGUCCUCAUCGGCUCCUCGCGCAUGAUCCGCGAGAUCGGCCGCCAGGGCGUGCUGCCCUACACCGACUUUUGGGUCUCGACCCGCCCCUUCGGCACCCCGCUCGGCCCCUACCUGCUCAAGUGGGCCGUGACCUUUGUCAUGAUCGUCGCGCCGCCCGCCGGCGACGCCUUCCAGUUUGUCGUCAGCCUCAAGACCUACCCGGACGGCGUCUUCCACCUGGCCAUGGCCGUCGGCGUCUAUCUGAUCCGCCGCCGCAGGAAGCGGGCCGGCCUGGGCAGGUCCGAGUUCCGGGCCUGGGACUUUGUCCUCGUCUUCUUCAUCCUGCUGCAGGUCUACAUCAUCGCCAUGCCGUGGUGGCCACCAAAGGGGGGCAUAUACGCCGGCGAGGUCAGCUUCUUUUACGCCACGUACUGUCUCGUCGGCAUAGCCAUCCUCGCCAUAUGCGGCAUCUACUACUACUUCUGGAUGACGCUCCUCCCCAGGUGGCGAGGCUACCGCAUCCGGACCGAGAUCCAGGACGUCGACGAGGGCUCGGGCGCCAACACCCACAGGCUGGUGCGCGUGCCCCUGGCAGACCUGGACGAGUGGGACGCGACGCACGACGAGGCCGGGUUCCUGCGUCGAAGGCCCGUCGCCGCCGCCGCCGCCGCCGCCGCCGCUCAGAGGACCGCGUCUGAUACUUCUUCUCGCGCCGAGGGUGUCGACGGCGUCGAUGGCAAGGACGUGGUCGUCUCUGGGAAGCAAGACUUUUGA